AUGGCCGGACCCGCCUCGCCGUCUCUCCCGCGCGCGCUCGCCGCCGUUGCACUGCUGCUGACAGGCGCCGCGACGGCGACCAACUCGGGCGAGCCGGGCUUCUGCAAAGACGACAAGUCGUGCGAAGACAACUACGUGUGCAUCAGUGUCCAGACGACGCGGUCGGGCAUUGAGGGCGUGAAGCAGUGCUUGCCGUACGUGGCCGAGGGCGACGUGUGCUCGGGCACGUUCUCAGGCCUCUGUCCGUCGUUCUCGACGUGGGACACGGAGUUCCAGUCCAUCAGCAGCGUGUGCGCCUACCAGCUGCCGUCGGGCACGGACCAGUGCCUCAACGACUCGUUCUCGGGCGGCUCGGACACGAGCGGCUUUGUCUCGUGCAUGGACAUUAGCACGGGCUCGAACCGCUCGUCGUCGCACGUGGGCGUGAUCUUUGGCUGCGUGGACUUUGACGGCACGAAUUUGCUGUUUGAAGAAGACUCGGACAACUGGGAGCUCUCGUCCAAGAUGAACUACACGGCGCUGAUCAACGAGGGGUGCGUGAACCCCAACAACGGCGACAACUCGGACGUCGUGUGCUCGGGCCGCGGCACGUGCGCCCCGGCGUCGCCCGGCACGAUGGCGUACGCGUGCAACUGCAACAUUGGCUACAACGGCACGUUCUGCCAGAGCAUUGUCUCGAACAAGUGCACGCUCGAGUCGCAGUGCCAAGCCGGGACGUGCAACCUCGUGACGCAAGAGUGCGAGUGCGAAGAAGGGACGACGGGCGACCAGUGCGCGUUCUGCGACCCGUCGUCGGCCAAGGCGUGCAAUGGCCGCGGCAACGGCAAUGGCAACGUCUGCGAGUGCGAGAGUGGCUACACGGGUGACCAGUGCACGCGCGAGGUGGAGUCGAGCGGCAGCGGCGACGGCGGGCGGUCGAAUCGCCGACCCCGUUCGUCCAGUGGAGCUGCUUCGGUCGCCAUGUCGUUUGCGGUUGUGGCUGCUGCGUGUGCGUUUGCAGCGUGGCACUAG